AUGCCACUACUUGAGAUUGCUGUGAAUGGCACUGCAGAGCCCAUCAACUGCAGUCAUUCUCCUUUCUCAUCCAGUGGUAAAGCGCCCCAGCGCAGCGUGGCCUGGGCAGAUGUGUGCCUUACUGUGUUUUUCAUCCUGGCUGGUAGCCUCGGCAAUGGGCUGGUAAUUUGGAUCCUGGGUUUCCGGCUUAAGAGAGGCGGCUUCCUCACAUUUGUGCUGAACCUUGCAGUGGCUGACUUUGGGUUCUGCGUCGUCCCCUGCUCUCAGAUCCCUAUUUUCCUUGCUAGCCAUGACUACGUGUACGGGCUGGGAGUGUGCCAAGUGGAGCAGUACCUCACGCGGGGCUUCUUCUAUGCCGGCACCCUUUUUAUUGCCAGCAUCUGCCUGGACCGCUGCCUGGCCAUCCAAUACCCUCUCUGGCACAAGCUCCGCCGGCCCCAACGUACCCCUGCGUUCAUCUGUGCCGUUGUCUGGUUGGUUGCUGGGGGCAUGGCUGCCCUUACUCCAAUCAACCUGGAGCUGGAGCACAUCCGUUGCCUGGGCCCUCGUUGUAGAGUAAAAUCCUCCAAGGCCGUCCAGCUCAUAGCCAACAUGGAGCUCGUCCUGGCCUUCCUGCUCCCUCUCUGUGUGAUCGUGACAUGCAGUGCCUUCAUAGUCCACAAGGUGGCAACAGAGAGCAGGGUCGGCAGACAGCGGGGCCGGGUGAAUAGCACAGUCUGCAUAACCGUGCUCCUGUUUCUGCUGUGCUGGACCCCUUUCCAGGUGGCACAGUACUUGUUUCAAAUCCAGAACACUUUCUUUCCGGACAACAAAUCCCUGGGGACCAUGGCAGCACAGGCUGGCCACUACUGCUCUUACCUCUUCUUCGUCAACAGCUGCCUCAAUCCCUUUAUCUACCUGCUCAUGGGCCGAGAGGUGAAGAAAAGGAUGAGAGUCUCGGUGCAGUGUCUCGGGUUCAUGUUCCAGAGAGCCUUCACUGAUUCCUGCACAGAAGGGGUCUCCAGCACUUCCUCUACCCUGUCAGCAGGAAACUGA